CCUCGCGGGCAUCCUGAUAGGACUCCAUCUCCCAGAGUGCGGUUCGGUGGUGGCUGCGACAUCCUUCCAACUGUCCAGGGCUGGACUCCCCUGCCUGUGCCCGGCGGGGUGAGCUGCGGCGCGAUGGACAGCCCUGAGGUGACCUUCACUCUGGCUUACCUGGUCUUCGCAGUUUGCUUCGUGUUCACGCCCAACGAGUUCUACUCAGCCGGGCUCACGGUUCAGAACCUGUUGUCGGGCUGGCUGGGCAGCGAGGAUGCCGCCUUCGUGCCUUACCACCUUCGGCGAACUUCCGCCACACUACUGUGUCACUCACUGCUGCCGUUGGGCUACUACAUGGGCAUGUGCUUUGCAGCCUCAGAAAAGCAGCUCUACUCCCCUGGUCAGGCCCCAGAGGCCUGGCAGCUCUUCCUUCUCCUGGCUGUGACCCUUCCCCUCAUCUCCUGUACCCUGAUCUAUUACUGGUCCUGGGACAGGUGGACCCGACACCCACUGGCCCAAACCCUGGCCCUCUAUGCCCUUCCGCAAUCGGGUUGGCAGGCGGUUGCCUCUUCCAUCAACACAGAGUUCCGGCGGAUUGACAAGUUUGCUAGCGGGGCACCUGGUGCCAGAGUGAUUGUGACGGACACAUGGGUAAUGAAGGUGACCACGUACCGUGUGCAUGUGGCUCAGCAGCAGGAUGUUCACUUGACAGUGACAGAGUCUCGGCAGCAUGAUCUCUCACCAGACUCAAACCUCCCAGUGCAGCUUCUCACCAUACGUGUGGCAAGCACCAGCCCCGCUACGCAGCCGUUUGACAUUCGGUUGAACUCGGCGGAGUAUGGUGAACUGUGUGAGAAGCUCCAUGCCCCAAUUCGAAGUGCAGCCAAUGUGGUCAUCCGCCAGAGCCUGGGUGACCUCUUCUUAGAAACAUUUGCUUCCUUGGUGGAGGUCAAUCCAGCGUAUUCAGUGCCCAGCAACCAGGAGCUCGAGGCCUGUAUAGGUUGCAUGCAGACACGGGCCAGUGUGAAGCUGGUGAAGACCUGCCAGGAGCCAGCGGUGGGCGAGUGCCAGCAGUGUUACUGCCGACCCAUGUGGUGUCUCACUUGCAUGGGCAAGUGGUUUGCCAGCCGCCAGGAUCCCCAGCGCCCUGACACUUGGCUGGCCAGCCGUGUGCCCUGCCCCACUUGCCGAGCCCGCUUCUGCAUCCUGGAUGUGUGCUGUGUACGCUGAGCACCAUAGCAUAGUCUAUGUCUCUCUAUUAGCCAGUUUAUGAGGUGUGGCUAAAGCUCCUUGACCUCUGCAGAAGGUUCUAGUUAAAGCACACACUUAUCUAUAGCCACUCUCUGCCUUGAGUCUGUGAUUAGUUGAGGGAUUUGACUUGAAGGAAAUUCUUACGGAAAUGCUCUGUCCCUGGACCUUCAGCAUCUUCCCUUCCUGUUUACUUCCAGGUGGGUCUGAUAUUCCACAUAGGAUGUUCCGUAGCCCCAGGACAUUGAUGUUUGGCCCAAGAGCCUUCAUUUGGCCCAUUUGCCUUAAUUCUAUUACAGAGCAUGCCUGCCCCUCAGUUACAAGCCAGGCCAAUGUCUGUCCCAGGCCCUGUGCUGUUGAGAGAGUCACCAGGGUGCCACUCUAGUGUGCAGUCCUUUUCUAGGGUAUUCUGGUGGCUGCGCCAGCCAAGGGACCACUUCUGGGUAGGGAGGCAGGCCAGAGUGCUCUCCCACGGUACUCAUGAGCGCUGCUGCCUGUGCUUUAGAGGACCCACAGUACUCUUGGUGUCUUGUCUUACUUCUCCAGGCCAGGGGAGGUCAAGUCCCUCCUGGCCCUAGGGAGGGGUUUAGGAAGCCAAGGAUCAGAAAGCCACAGCACUAUCCA